AGUCGGAAGUUGUCUCCUGAGCUGUGGUGUGUUUUCAGUCGUGAGGACGUCGGAAGUUGGCUCCUGGGCUGCGGUGUCUUUUCCGCUGCGGAGAGAAGCUUGGCAGCCGCAUCAUGAAUUCAUUGACCUAUGAUGAUGUGCAUAUCAACUUCACUUGCAAAGAGUGGGCUUUGCUGGAUCCUUCCCAGAAGAGACUCUACAAAGAUGUGAUGCUGGAAACCUACAGUAACCUUACUGCCAUAGGCUACAAAUGGGAAGACCAUAAUAUCGAAGAACAUUGUCAAAGAUUUCGAAGACAUGGAAGGUAA